GUGCGAUCGUCCCCGCUGCAGCCAAACCCCGCCUGCCACCCACUCCCCGCUCCGGAGGCGGCAGCCGAGGCGGGGGGGUGGCUCGGGCUGCUCCCCCAGCCCCUCCCGCCGGGGAGGGUUUCUGAGUCGGGAAGGGAGGGGCCUUGUCUCCGGAGUCCGCAGGAGCCUCCCUGGACCGGGCACCCAGGCCAGGCGCGGGGAGGCAGGGUCCGUCCCUGGAAUAUGAGCGAUCCCCAGCCGCCCAGCCGCCUGCACAGCUCCGGGCGCGGGGAGUUCGGGGCGCUCGCUGGCCAUGCUCGCCCGGACGGCGCUGCCGCUGGCUCUGUGGCUGCACGUGGCGCUGGAGCAGAGUAUCCCCGGGAAAGGUCUCCAGCCCUUCAUUCCAGACUCAGAGGGGGACCUCCUCUUCCUGCUGGACAGCUCUGGGAGCGUCUCCUACUACGAGUUCUCUAGAGUCAAGGAGUUCAUCAGGGACCUCCUGCGACCUUUCACCUUUAGCCCCAGCGAUGUCCAGACCAGCAUCAUCCACAUCAGCACGACGCCCACCAUGGAGUUCCCCUUCGACCGGUAUUUGUCUACUGGGGCAGUGCAGCAGGCUAUCCGGGACACGCAGCAGCUGAUGGGGGACACCAACACUGGCAAAGCCCUCUCCUAUGCCAAGGAGAAGUUCUUCACCGACGAAGCUGGUGCCCGGCCUGAUGUGCCCAAGGUGCUGGUGUGGGUGACGGACGGCUUCUCCACGGAUGAGAUCUCCCAGCCCAUGCAGCUGCUGAAGGACAUGGGGGUCACGGUCUUCAUCGUCAGUACCGGGCGGGGGAACUACCUGCAGCUUUCGGCCGCGGCCAGCCAGCCUCCGGAGAAGCACCUGCACUUUGUGGAUGUGGAUGACCUGCCCAUCAUCACCAAGGAACUGAGGGACGCCAUCAUAGAUGUUAUCCGAGCCAAGCGGCUCCGUGCCGUGGACAUUACCUCCAGCAGCUUCCGUCUGACCUGGCCCAGGCUCCUCUCCAACGACAUCGGCUACUACGUGCUGGAAUAUGCCCCCACGGACGACCCGGGGAGGAAGUUGGUGAAGCAAGUGUCUGGAGAUCACACCAGUCUCCUCCUGAGCAAUCUCUCGCCAGAAACCACCUAUGAGGUCGUGCUCAUUCCAGAGUCCAACGUGCACUAUAUCCCUCCGCAGACCACCCGGGUCACCACGCUGGAAGAGGAAAUCAGCCCGGCUCGGGUUCUCAUCUCGGAGUCCAGGCCACACAGCUUCCGCGUGAGCUGGGCCCCCACGCCGGACAGCGUGGGGAGCUACCAAGUCCUGUACGGGCCACUGCCGGGCAAUUCGGCCCAGCUGCUGGAAGUGGACGGGACACACAACAGCACGGUCGUGGAGAACCUGGCGCCCAACACCACCUACUUGGUGACGGUGACAGCCAUCUACAAAUCGGGGAAGGAGAAAGCCCUGUCGGCCAAAGCUUGUACACAGGCAGAGAUCUCCAGGGUGAGGCAUCUGCGCUUCGAGGACAUGGGCCCCAACACCCUGAAGGCCUCCUGGGACUCCGCCGACGGGCCAGUCCUCGGCUACCGAGUGAGGUGCCGGCGGCAGACGGGCCCCUCCUCGCUCCUCAGCGUCUCGCCGCAGAUCCACAGCGUGCUGCUGACUGACCUGGCCUCGGGCACUGCCAACAAAGUGUGCGUGAAGCCCGUGUACAGGAGCCAGCCGGGGAAGGGGCUGUGCCGCAUGGUGCACAUGCAGCCUGGGACAGAAGCACAAGGAUACAAGCACAGACAGACAGCGUGAGGGACGCUGGACUGAGCCGUUCCCUUUCACACGAGGGGACAGGAUUGGACAAGGAAGAAUGGGGAGACCUUGCAGAUUGGCUCCCAUCCUGCAUUUCCCCUUGAGGUGUGUGAUUCCCUCUAAGCUCCUGAACUGCUACGUGCCACCCCCAGCUUAGAAAAUAGCUUGGCUGGCUGGAGCAAGAAGACGGGCGGAUGGAUUCCAGCCAUGCAAUGGGAGCAGGUUAAAAAUUGUGCUUCCUUCUGCGUUACCCUUUCCUGUACUCCUUCCCCUGAAAAAUAGCGACAGAAGGGCCAAGUGGGAAAUCUUUACUGUUGUUUGCUUCCUCUUUUGUUAUUUAUUCGCUGUCUUGUUGGGGCUUUUGCAGAGAAUAAAUCCCUUCCUGACACCUUACAGUAAGUGCACCGAUCUUGCACUGAUCACAAGAGUCCGGGAGCCAAACUUAGCUCUGUGGUAUAACUCCACUGAAGCUACUGGACCAGGGUGAAUUGUGGCCUAUGAGUCAGUGGAUCUAGGAGGCAGAUUUAGGGACUAGCAUGACUACAAAGAGUCAAUUCACCUAACGAAUAGAGCCUUCCACCCAAACGUCCCGUGAUGUUCAACAAGCCUCACAACAGGGCUCCUGUCAUCCAUACCUGCAAUGCAGCCCCUUCUGAUGUGGGAAGACGACGACGACGAUAAAGGCACUUAGAACAUGCAGGGACAAUCCAGCUAGAAGAAUCGCUUGGGGAGAAGAGGGACAACGAGAGGCAAGAACCCAUCUAGAGUUUGGCCAGGGCAUGUUAACUCCCUGACUCUAAUGAAGUGCCCUGGGGUGUUUAAUAACCACAGCCUGGUCACACCUUAGGGCUGUGACUCUCUCAGAAGACUGGCAGUCUUGGUCUGAUUAACUCCCAGGAAUGGAGUGGCAGGGUUGUUCCAGGUCACGGUGAACGUGCACAGGCAGAACUGUGUGAAGGAAGCUUGCACAGGACUUGUCUUAUCAACACUGCUUCAAUCUGUCAGUUACAGGGAUGCUAAAUUCCCCCCUCCCACACGCCCACACACCCCAAGUCUGCUCAGAAAUGAAGAGAUUUCAGCAAAUCCUGCUCUUCCCCUCACCCCUACUGCUGGUACCAGGUUACACCCUUUUCUGCCUUCUGUGGGGAUCAAGUGGUGUGUAAGAGGCACAGUAAGGCCAGCUCAGGUCGGUCUCUCACACACACACACAACAUGGUUGGGCUAGCUGGGCUCCGCAGGUGGAAGACCCAGAAUGACCUGGAGACGGGAGAUUAAUUUACUCUCAUGUCCUGAGACACGUCCCAUUGAGUGGGUUGGAGUCCCAUCAGCAGAGCAAUAUGGGGAACCUCUCAGAACCUGCCUGUUCGCACUCCCCUAGACCAUCAUCAGGAGCCUUCCCCCACCAUCCUAGUCACAUCGAGAACUUUUUCGUACUGCGGCUGCCCUGCAUGUAAAGGAGAUGGCUGCGGGAGGCGCACUGCUUAGCUGUCCUCUCGCCCCCCCAGGCUGGGCCCUGCUGCCUUCUCGGGAUGGGAAAGUGCGUAUGUGGAAAUGAGGCUGCGGAUCUUUUUAGUACCUAAUGAAAAUGCCAUUUGGGAGGUGCAGUUCCCCCUGCCAGGGCAUGGGAGUGAAGGAAAUGUACAUACUGCUCGGGGAGCGAGGGCACAGCACCAACACGCAUGUAUUCCCCUAGAAGCGUGUGCUCUGUUCAGUGUCCAUUGCUUAUUUACCCUGCAUGUGAAGCAUUUUAGUAGCCAUCCCCUGUGUCUGGGAAGCCAUGUGCUAAAGCCUGCAAGCUCACCGUGGGCCUGAUUCUGCACCAUCCGGGAGCGUUGUCGUUGACUUGAUUGGACGUAAUAUAUGGCCCUCCGAUUAGGUGGCGUACAUGGGGCAGACCCCAUGAACAAAGAUGACAGUCGUCCCUUGACCCCCGCCAGGUAGCUUCCAGAGCCUGUACUUUCUUUGUGGAGGUGUGUGUGUACUUGACUAACAUUAACAUUAAGGGCAAAAUGCAGCCUUCUGAAUCUUUCACACAAUAAGGUAUACAAGCAUCUUGCUAGUUUUUGCUGUAAGAUGAAGAUUGGUUAAUACUGCAUAACUCCCUGGCAUAACUUACUAUACAUUAGGAUUGCCUUCCCUCUAUUGUAAUGUGUCCUUUUGAAGACAGUAAAUUCAAUAUACAACACAA